AUGAUCCUCCAAGUAGAUGAAGGAUCCCGAUUUUCAGCUUCGGCCCUGCCGAAGACAAGGCAGCUGCUGACCAUCGACUCGGUGUCGCCAGAUUCCAUCUCUAAGGGCGGCGGAAAGGUCACGAUUUUUGGCAAGGGCUUCGCAGCGACACCCUCCAGGCAUUUCGUCCGUUUUGGCUCGAAUCCUUGGAGCACCUGCGACCCCGUAGCCUCGGGCUAUGCAUCCUUGACAUGCAAGCUGAAUCAUCGAGCUUUCGAUGAGGACUCUGCCAACUGGGGCACCAUGGAUUUGGAGGUGUCCCUCUGGGACACAGAGGUGGCGAGGAGCCCACUUUCAGCCUUCGGCGAAGCGGCAGCAGGAUGCCUCAGGAACAACGACAACUACCGGACCUUCAACUGCAUGAGCCAGGAAGAAUGUGCGCUUCGGUGUCUCACAACGCACGACUGCGCCUCCUUCGACUACCGUGCAAGGCCCGGAUGCUGA